CAAAGCAACGCAAAUGUUAACUUUUGGUUUUAAACAAUAUGCAGUUUUAAUCAAUCGUGAACAAGGUUUUUCUUAAACUUUUCGUUUAUCACAAUUGAAAGUGUUUGUGCUCCUUGUUGCAGGAGAAAAAUACGCAACACUGGGUUCUGCCGCAAAGGGAGAUAACUGAUAUCAGUAUAAACAAAAAAAUGGCAGAUCAUGUACACAAACUUUUUAUCAGUUUAUGUUUACUUGUGAUAUACAAACAAAUUUGUGUUGACAGUUUAAGAUAUGGACUUAAAGCAAACACUCUCCACAUUCCAGUGCAGAAAUUGGAAGAUCAGUUUGGAGAAAGGACCAGAAUUAUUGAAGCUGAUCUUACAAAGUUGUUGACUAAAAAAGAAAGCCCAACAUGGAACCAUCGUUUAUUUCGACGGUCAACAGCUAAGCAUACAAUUGCAGCAAAUUACAGUACAGUUACACAACUAAAUGACAGUCACACACAGAUGAUAGUGCACUGGGCAGGCCUAGGAAGUGAUGUCAUAAUUGCACUGUCACGUGAUCCUCGAAGCAAUACACAUAGUAGCAGUAACUUAUUUGUAUCAGAUGAUUAUGGGAAAAGCUUUAGAAAUGUGACGGGACAUUUAGUAAUACCAACUGGAGAGAGAGUUAUCAUAGAUCAUUAUUUCAACAGUAAAACCUUGAAUUCACAUUACAUAUUUACAGAUAUUAUCAACAAUUAUACCUUCACAACAAAAGACUAUGGGAAAACCUUCAGAACAUUAUCUGUUCCCUUCAGACCUAAAACAAUACAGAUACAUCCCUCUAAUCCUAAUGUUGUCUUGGGGAUGGAUGAAGAAGAACCAAGGAAAAGGCUGUACGUGUCAACAGAUUUUGGUUAUAACUGGAGGAUGAUGCAGGAAGGAGUCAAGGCUUUCCAUUGGGGUAAUAAAGAUUAUGACAAAUCAAAUGAUAUCUUUGUUGAGAGAGUACAGAUUGAUGGAGGAAGCUCGAUAGUCAAAAGUUCUGAUUUCUUUGUCCGAGAUGCUCAGCCUCUAAUGAUGGAUGUUGAAGAUUUCCAGAUGAUAGGACAGUACAUGUUUGCUGUAAAGAAAGUUAGAUUAUUAGGAGGUACCGGUACUACCUUACAGUUGUGGGUAUCCUACAAAAGAGGAAAAUUUGUGAAUGCACAGUUUGGAAACAGAUAUACAAGGCUGGAUUAUUUUGUUGCUGAUGCCACUGAGGACCAAGUGUUUCUGUGUGUUCAACACAACAAGACCAGUACAAAUCUGUAUAUCUCUGAUGUUACAGGCUCUGAAUAUUCAUUGUCUUUGGAAAAUAUCAUUUACUAUAACCCUAAAGGAGCAAACAAGGAUUCUUGGCUCAGAUAUUUUGCUAAAGACCCUUUUGUUGACUUGACUAAGAUAUCUGCCCUGAGAGGAGUUUACAUUGCUAACAUUCAGACAAAUACCUCUGUUCUAACUAUAGAGGGUCAAAAGUCAUUGAUUACCUUUGAUAAAGGUGGAACUUGGGUACCUCUAACAGCACCAUUAGUAGAUGCUCAAGGUCAUCCUACUAAUUGUUCAAAGCAUCAUAAACAUGAUAAAAACAAAAAGAUGUACAAGUUUCAGAGCUGUUCACUCCACUUGACUCAAGAAUUUAGUCGACUAUACCCUGGAAGUCGUGCCUCAAACAUCAUGUCCAAGACAUCUGCUCCAGGCCUUGUUGUUGGUAUGGGGGUUACUGGAACUAACCUGAAACAUGAUCCUGAUAUGUUUUUAUCUUCCAAUGCUGGAUACACUUGGCGACAGGUUUUAGAAGGUAACCAGUAUUAUGCUAUGGGAGAUCAUGGUGGACUUAUCAUCUCGGUGCCACAGUUCAGAACCACAGACGAGUUGUUUUACUCUUGGAAUGAAGGAGAAACCUGGGUAACCUAUAAGUUCCAUGAAGAGAAGAUUCGUGUAUAUGGUAUCCUUACAGAACCUGGGGAGAUGACAUCUGUCUUUACAUUGUUUGGUUCACAUCUAGAGAGACAUCGCUGGCUGAUCAUACAGAUAGACUUACGUACAAUAUUCCCCUUUCAAUGCAAGGAAGAUGAUUACAAGAUGUGGUCUUUCCCCGAUCAGAAGCCAUAUUUUGGUUGCAUUCUGGGUAAAAAGACAGUUUAUGAAAGACGUAUUGCACAUGCUGAUUGUUAUAAUGGACGAGAUUAUGACAGAGAAGUCAUAGAAAAGAAUUGUUCUUGUUCUAGGGAAGAUUAUGAAUGUGAUGUUGGUUUUGCAUUAACUGAAAGUUCCUGGGGUAUAACUGAAACCUGUGAAGAAGAUCGUAACAGUACUAUAGAUCUACACCAUCCCCCUGUUCCCUGUCCAGAAGGCACAUUUUAUCCUUACAGUAGAGGAUACCGUAAGAUCUCUGGUGAUACCUGUCAUGGUGGACAAGAGUACAAAUACUCCCCCUAUAUGCUGUCAUGUCCUGUAGCAGAAUCAAAAGAAUUCCUGUUGUAUUCAUCUAGACACUUUAUAAGGAGGUACAUUUUUGGACAAGAACGAGAUGAGAAUAUUAUGGAUGUAAACAGGAUUGGUUUAAGAGGAAGCAUCUAUGCUAUAGCCUUUAAUUAUAGAGAAAAUAUUGUUUACUGGUCAGAGGGACAACCUAAUAAAAUAAUGCAAAUGAACUUAAAUGGUACUGGUAAUAUGUCUGUAGUUGCUAUGGGGCGUGGCAUGUCAACAGUAGAGUCCUUGGUAUUUGAUUGGACUGGUGGCAAUCUGUACUGGAUUGAUUCAGUAAAUAAAUCUAUUGAAGUAGCCAGGAAGAAUGGACAGUUUAGGAGAAAACUUGUAAAUCAUACACAUCUCGAUAGACCAAGAGGUCUAGUACUUGACCCACAUUUUGGCUGGAUGUAUUGGACAGACUGGUCUCGAGAAAAUCCAAGGAUCAUGAAGGCAUCCAUGGAUGGAAACAUAACCACAAUAAAGGCCAUUGUUACAGGCACCUCAAAUGUUUAUUGGCCCAAUGGUAUUACUAUAGAUCAUAGAGAGAUGAAGAUUUACUGGACUGAUGCUCAUUUGGACAGAAUUUCAUCUGCUAAUUUGGAUGGCAGUGAAAUAAAAUGGUUGAUUCAUGGGACUUCCUUAACCCCACAUCCAUAUGCCAUUGCUAUUUAUAAAGACAAGAUAUACUGGAGUGAUUGGUUAAAACAAGCCAUAUAUUCUGCUAACAAACUCACUGGACGUGGUAUUAUGGCAGUCAAGACCAAUAUAACAGAUGUCAUGGAUCUGAAAAUAUUAGACUAUUUAUCACAGCAUGAUUCAACAGCUUGCAGCAAAUCAAAUGGUGGAUGUUCACAGUUGUGUCUGCCAAAACCUGGACUGAAAAAUCCUAAUUCUAAUAAUAGGACAUGUAAAUGUGAUGAACUGAUGCCAAAACUUAUUAUCUCUGACGGUGGCAUGGACGAGAAAUGUUCCUGUCCCCCAGGUGAACUCCUGGAGAAUAAUACCUGUGUACACUCCGAUAAAGCUAAUUGUACAGCGGGAAGGUUCCAGUGCAAAAAUGGAGACUGUAUCCCCUCAACCUGGUUCUGUGACCGUGACAAUGACUGUUCUGAUGGCAGUGAUGAAAUGGACUGUCCAUAUGCCAGUUGUACCUCUGGGAACUUUCAGUGUAGCACUGGCCACUGUAUACCAUUAAGGUGGCAUUGUGAUUUUGAUAAUGAUUGCGGUGACUUGUCUGAUGAAGAUGGCUGUGUUUACAGAAAUUGUACACCAGAUGAAUUUCAUUGUGAUAAUGGGAGAUGUAUUAACAGGAACUGGACAUGUGACUUUGACGAUGACUGUCGUGAUGGUUCAGAUGAAAAGAACUGUAAAAUUACUGAUCCUUGUACUGAUGAUGAAUUUCAUUGUUCUGCACACCAGCCUAAGUGUAUCCCAUGGGCCCAGAGAUGUGAUGGACACAACGAUUGUACAGACAGGUCUGAUGAAACCAAUUGUACGACUACUACCUGUACACCGUACCAGUUCAGAUGUAAUGAUGGGCAGUGUAUAUAUUCAACAUGGCAAUGUGAUGGUGGUAGGGAUUGCCAUGAUGGUGAAGAUGAAGUCAACUGUAAUGCAACUACAGUUCCACCUACAACAUCAACAACAACACGACGUCCAGGUUCUCGGUGUCAUUUCUGGCAGUUUGAAUGUAACAACCUUAAUUGUGUCUGGUGGUCCAAUAGGUGUGAUCAUGUCAAUGACUGUGGUGAUCAUAGUGAUGAACUUAACUGUGGAUUCAGUACUACAACUGCUUCCCCAACAUGUGCUAGUUACCAGUUCAGAUGUAAUAGUGGACAAUGCAUACAAAAACAUCAACAGUGUAAUGGUCAUGAGGACUGUUUUGACUCUAGUGAUGAAAUUAACUGUCGUACAUGUAGUGAAUCUCAGUUUCAGUGUAAAGAUAAUUCCUGUAUUGAAGCUAGGGAUCUGUGUGAUGAUUACCCUGACUGUGAAGGAGGAGAAGAUGAACUCAACUGUACAGGGCAUGCAACAUGCUCCAGUCUCCAGUUCAGAUGUUUAAAUGGGGAAUGUAUUGACAACAAGCUUUUAUGUAAUGGAGAAAAUGAUUGCAUUGACCACAGUGAUGAACAGGUUUUAGAUUGUUCAUCUGACUUAGGCAACAAGACAACAGACUGUGACCCAGUUAAAUACUACCAGUGUAAAUACAGCAGUGCUUGUAUUCAUUGGAUGAAUGUAUGUGAUGGGUCAUCCACUUGUCUAUAUGGUGAUGAUGAGAACAAGUGUGGAGAUGGGUCAAUAGCACCACAGGUUAGAUUGAUACUGGCCGGAGGAAAUAAUUUGACUAUAAGCUGGGCAGCUGUCUUGACAAUACCUGGAUCCACUUAUAUUGUAUCAUACAUGGAUCCAAGUGAUACAACAUCAAAAAAUGUAACAAAAUGUUCUAUGGAGAAUGGUUGUACCAUAACAGGCUUGAAACCUUUGACCAAAUAUUUUGUAACAGUGUUUGUGGUUUAUGAUAAAACCAUACAUAGACCACAUAGGAUAUCGAAAUUUUCUACAACUGAAGCAGUACCAGACCCACCAUCCAAUGUUAAAGCCAUAAUAGACACUGUAGACACAACAGAUAUAAACAGUCCUAUCAGUGUUCAAUGGACAUCUCCAAGUAACAGUGGUGGUACAAUAGUUAGUUAUAUGAUUUAUUGUCAGGAUAAAAAAACGAAAGCGACAAGCUACAAAUCUAUAGUUGGACAGAUGACCAAAGGACUAAUUUUGCCAUUAAACGUUGUAUAUGGACACAAAUAUAGUAUUUGGGUGACUUCCUCAACUGUUGCUGGAGAGAGUCUGCGAUCUAAAAGCGUUGAUGUGACAUACCACUCAGACAGAAUAAGAAAGGAUGUGACAAACUUUGUUGCAAAAUUUACCAAUAUCUCUUGUGUGAGCUUAACUUGGAGUUUGCUGCCCAUGGAAAACAAAGUGAAGAAUUAUAUUGUAAAAUAUGUUGACAGCUGGGGACAAGACCAGAUAAUUACUAAAGGAGAUAAGGAUAAAUCUUGUCAAGUUUGUGAUCUAUGUCCAUCAGAGACCUACAUUUUCUACAUAAGUGCCAGUAACAAUCUUGGUGAAGGACCAUCAACAAGUGCAGCAUACGUUCCAUCUAAAAGAACAUUUUCUUACCUGCCCACAUGGAAUGAAGCAAUUUUCCAGUCAUUGGAUAAUGGUGUUUAUCAAAUAAAAUGGAACCCACCAAACCUUGCUGCUGAUAAAAACAUAAAACUGACCUAUACACUUUUCUAUGACUACAAUCCACAAGAUAUGGAAGGAAACAACUAUGCUACAAAGGCUUUAAAUAAAACUGUUGCUGGGCAGGCUUAUACUGUUGUACAAAAUCUACGGGCAUGUGAAUCUUAUUCAUUUCUAGUGGCUGUUUCCAAACCAGGACGUUGUCCACCAUCCAGACAACAAAAAGCAAUGCAGACAGGAGAAGAUGAUACUGCACAACCAGAGAAUAUAGAACCUGUAUUUGACAAGAAAAAUCCAACAUCAUUACAAAUAUCCUGGAAUGCUGGAUGCUAUGACCCUGGUGCGCCAUUGGGUUAUAUUGUAAACUUGACAGAAGUCAAAACAGGAAAAAGUAGUAUCAAGCAGACAAUUCCCACUAAAGACAGUACAGUGUAUUACAACUUCACAACUGGUCUCAAGAGAGGAGCGACUUAUACUUUGACUAUAAAGAAUGAUUUGUCCAAAGCACGCUGGUCAGAACCACUUAGUAUAACAGUGUUGCCUUAUGGAGCACCUGAGGAAUUUAAGGAAAUACUGGAGGAAGAUGACAAGAUUAAACUCUUCUGGAAUCCUCCAAGUCAAGCAGUAGGACAUGUUCAGAAAUAUGAGUUAUAUUGGAAGACACUGGGAUCUGUUAAGGAUGACAAUCAUUUUGAAAAAUUAAAAGAUAUUAGUAAAGACCAGACAUGGUACAAUGUUGAUACAGUCCAAGGAACUGAAUAUUCCUUCAAAAUUCGUAUAAUAGAUGACAAUGGCUAUCCAGGGGAAUUUGCAGAGGAGCCUUUCCUUGACACACACAGACCAGAGGCACAUAGCCAGACAGACAUCAAGAUAUCUAGAACCAGAAUGAUUGCCAUCAUUGUUUCUGUGACUGGAGUUGUUAUUACAUUGGUGCUUGUCUUGGGUUUCUUCAUUAUCAGACACAGAAGACUCCAGAGGAGUUUCUUGGCAUUUGCCAACAGUCAUUAUGAUACAAGAUCUGGGACUACAACAUUUGAGAGUAAUGAAUUGGGUGAGGAUGAGGAUUCUCCAAUGAUCCAAGGAUUUUCUGAUGAUGAACCACUUGUUAUUGCUUGAAACUUUGUUGUUAUGGAAACAUAAAAUCCAUUAUUUGUGUUAACAUAUGCAUCAUAUCAUGAUUUUAUUUUUGCAUAAUACUAAUUGACAUAUAUAUGUCACUAAAUGUGGUAAAGCUAUUCUGUAUGAAGAUUUAUGACAAUGUAAUAGAUGUAUCAAUGUCAUUAGCCUAGAUAUACUCUGCCUUUUCAUGAUUUGAAUAUUUCAUUUAUUAAUAUAUUGUUAGUGGUUGUGAGUUUAUCAGUCAGUAUAAAAUUUUAUUUAUACAAUGCUGUCCGUCACUGUCAGAAUUUUGUAUCAUAUUUGGCAUGAUAUAAAAAGGGCUGCCACAUAACUAGACUUUUAAUUGGUUGAACCUGAUGGAAAACUCAAAACUUUUUCAGGAAGCAUGAAAAUAAAAAAAUAAUUAUUGCACCAUCCUUGCACCAAAAAUACUUUUAAUCUGAUGUUUAAUAUGUAUUAGCUUGUCAAAAUAUUUGAAUUUUAAGCAGGUGCUUAAUGUUGUGGUCAAAUAAAGGGAAAAUGUGUUAUAGAAUGAAUCUUUAUACAGAAUAGCAAAUUAUUAUACUAUAAUAUUCCAUUAAUGUAACCAAAGAUCUUUCAAUGUUUUAUUUGUGUUGUAUCUUUGGAGAGCUGGGGUUCAUACAAGAUUUGUCUGUGAACUAAAUUAUAUAGUUUUCAGUUUCUAUUCUUUUUAAAUUGGGUACAUGAGGCAGAUAUUAAAUCAUAUUUUCUCAACUGAUUUCUUUUCAGUCUUUUGCUCAAGCAUUCAUUGUCACUUUAGUAACAGAAUCUUUGAAUAUUAUUGUUUUAAAUCUCAGAAUUAAGAUUAACAGGGCUUGAUUUUCUUAAAAAUAAUGUUAAAAGUAUUUGAAAGAUAUCUUUUUGCCUCUUAAUGAGAGAAAUUGGAAAAAAAUCUUGGAAGGAAAAUCUCAGUUUGAAAUUAAUUGAAAAACUUGUGUGUGAAUUAGUUUUUAUUUUAUUGAAUAUCUAAAAAUUAUUCAAUUUUCCCAGAACGUUUUUUUUUAUUUUCAGACACUAUGAAUUGAAUUUUAGUCAGAAAUUAGGCAUUUCAAUCUUGUAAUCAUCUGAAAUGUUAAGUCUGAUUAGGAGAUUUGUUUGUGUGGAUGUUUUGCUUUAAUCAAGUUGGGAUCGUCCCUUUCAUUUAUUAUCAAUCCAGUACUGCUUAGUCUCCUCAGACAAUUCAAUAGUAAUUGUUUUGUUCACCAAUAAAUAACAGCUUAUGAACAUAAAUCAGAUUUUUAAUCAGACAUCAAUUUGACAAAAAAAUUCUUUAAAUUCUUUAUUUGUAAAAAUAGCGUCAGAUGUUUAAUAUUCAUUUGGAUGAAAAUGGCAGAUUCAGUUGAAAAUCUUUUUUUGUUUGUUAUACUUUAUAAAAAGCUUUGAUUUUAUUAAAAGGUAAACCAAUUAGAAAUAUUUAGUGAAAAAGAUAAUUUUAAUGUGUGUGCUCCCCAGAAAAUGAAAACAUUCAGUAAUGUACUUAUCUGGUUACAUUAAUAUCAUUUUUUUGUUUAUUAUUUUCUGUACUAUUGUAUUAUGUGCUUCAAGUGUUUUUAUUUUAUGCUCUAAUUUUAUUGACACAUAUUUGUGGUUUUGAAUUGUUUUGUAUAUUAUUGAUGAUAAGAUAUUUAUAUACUUUGUUGACUCUAAUAUUUUUAAUCUCACUGAAAUACAGAUAAAUAGAAUCCUCAUAAGUAUACAGCUGGUCAUAUUUUUGUAUAUAUAUAUAUAUCUUUAAAAGAUAAUCUUUUAAAAUGAUAAUCUGAACAUGAUAAUAAAGGGACCAAAUAUUUUGACAGAUGGUUUAGGUUCAUACUUACUUCGAUUAGAAGGAGCUUUGAACUGGGGACAAUAAACUAGAUUGCCCAUUUCUUUUUUAAAAUGUCAUGCAGUUUCAUCCUAAAGAUUUUUCAUCUAUCGGGAGAUGAUUGCCUUCUACUGGAGCAAUAAUAUAUGUGUGAACAAUACCAUCGUAUAAACUGAAGAAACUUCCUAGAUCUGUUGUGAUUAUAUUGACUUUACAUUAAUCCAUUCCAGUACCCAUUAUAUCAUACAAUUAUAUAAAUUCCUGUGGCUAUGUGGUUUGUUUCCAAAAUGAAAUUUUUGUAUGAAGAGCAAUAACUAUGUUUAGGAGAAUUGCUGACAAUGCAAUUUUUAGAUUUGUUAUGGACAUGAACAGAUUUUGUUACAGACAUGUACAUCCGAUUUUGUGUAUGUGCCAUAAAUGUGAAUUGCAACACCUUUCUUCUAGAUUUAAGAUUUUGGUCAAUCUGAACUGCUACUUUUAGAAAUGUUUCAUAUAAGGAACAUUUAUUUGAUGUAAAUAUUUUAUCUGUAUAUUAAAAGAGUUGUGUAUAUAUUGUUACAUGGAGACUUUAAUAUGUUUUAUAUGUAGAGGUAUAAAUUUUUUUUUCUUGAAGAAAUUCCAGAAUUUAAUCUUAUUUUGUGUAUAUAUGGACACAUUUGGACUUCUUGGAUGAAAUUGUUAAGUGAUGGUAACUCAACAUCAAAGAUGAUAACUGUUGAACAGAUAUUCUCAUGUUUAUCAAAUGCAAAGAAAAAAAGAAGAAAAGAUUGUGCUGUCAAAAAUAAACAAAUAUUCAUUUGAAUAUAAAAACUCCAAACAAGUUUUUUAUGUUUGAUCUGGUUGACACCAUUUUUGUCUCUUUCAAAUCAUAAUUCUAAUUUAAGUGGAAAGCUUUAAUUGUAAUUUAUCUUCGUGCAAGUUUUCUUACAUCAUUUAUCAUGUUACACUGCAGUUGGUUGUGUUUUGUGAAUUAUCCAUAAUUAUUUAUCUACAUAACAGCUGUAAAUUGAAACAAAUUGUAUGAUCAAUAUAAUCAGAAAUUAUAGACCUUAGAGAAAUAAUUCAAAUAAGCCAACAACUAAUUAUUCGAAAGAAAUUUUAACAAAUUAAGAUUAUUGGUAUAAAGCUAUUUAUUUGAUGCAACAACUAAAUGUUAAUACUGAAGAUAUGGUAUAGACAUACAUGGUUGAUUGACAAAAUAUUUAAUAAAAAAAAAUCGUACUAAAUGUAUCAUGGAUUUCAGCAAUCAAAUAAUAAGAGAUAUAUAUAAUGGAAAGUAUGAAAGUACAUUAUCUUUUUGAAAGGAAAAUGAUUUUGCAAAACAAAAUUCACUGUGUCAGUGUGGUUUUUUUUCACACUGAAAUUAGAUAUGUAAUUUAAAAAUUAUAUAUAUCUCUUAUCGGUAUUGUUGCACAAAUCUUUAGACUUUUUUCAAGUUUUUAAAGCAUCCUCAUUUCCAAAAUCUAAUACCUAUUAGGUUCACUGGUUGGUUUUCUGAUGACUAAUAUGUAUAAUUUAAUAAAUGUAUAUGGCAAAAUUGGAUUUAAACACAUGUCUGUUUAUAAAAGUAUUAAAUAUGAACAUAUAGUGUUGUUAUCAGUGAACGAUAACUCUUGACAGACAAGUUGUCUUUCUUUAACAAACACAAUUGUAUAUAUCUGAUAAGUAUGCUUUAUUUUUUGUAAGUGGUAAAUUGGGAAGUUUAAAGAUUAAGACAUUAAGUUAUUUUUACGAACAAUUCAAAGGCAAUUGAGAAUUGCAAAACCUUUCAGUAAACUAAUGAUUUAAGUUUGUUAUUAUAUCACCAGGAGCAUUUAUUUAAUUUUCAAUUAAAGGGUAGAUAGGGUUAAACUUCCAGGUUAAAGAAAUAAUUGAAACUAAGGCAGGAAAAACUGAUAUUUAAAACAAACAAGAAUAUGAUGUGACAUAAAAUAUUAUGAUAGAAAAAUGCUUUAUACAAAAUGAAACAGAAAGGAAUCAUACGAAUUUUCUGGAUCUUAAAUUAUUGGUUUGCUGUAAAUGAUCAAAUGAUUAUCCUUUUAUGGCUGUCUCUAUGUGUAAAGCAUGAUAUGCAGUGAUACAUUGUUAAACUUAUUCAAAUUCUACAAAUCUCUGCAUCAUAAGAACAAUCAGGUAAACAAUAGAUCUUUUUAAUUAUCUUAUACUGUGCUGAAUCAUACUGUCCUUGAAUAAAUGUUUGAAUAACA